AUGUCCACCUCAACCAAACCAGACAGGACAGUCUGUGUCCUUCUACCUACCAAGGAGCAGCUGGACAUUGCUGUAGGGGUGAAGGCCACUGGGCAAGAUGUUUUCAAUCGUGUGUCGGAACAACUUGGUAUAAAGGAACUGCACUUUUUUGGACUGACUGUGGUCAAAGACAACGAGCACAUCUUUCUGGAUCUGGAGGAGAAGCUCGUCAAGUACUUCCCCAAGGAAUGGAAACAAGACUCUGGGAAGGUGUCACAGAAGAGGUCCCUGCCCCUGCUGCUCUGUCUCAAAGUGCAGUACUAUGUGGAGAAUGGCAGAUUAAUUUGUGAGAAGAGGGCUAGACAGCUGUACUAUGCUGAUGUGCGGGAGCGUGUGUUACGGUCGGAGUGUCGGCAGCAGGAGGAGGUGUAUUUCCAGUUAGCUGCCUACGCGCUGCAGGCAGACCUAGCAGACCAUCCUCCGCAUGACCACCGAGAGGGAGGCAAGCCAUACUUUCAGCCGAAAGACUACUUUCCUCCCUGGAUAGUAGCCAAGCGUGGAGUGGACUAUCUCCUCUGUCACGGGCCAAAGGUACACAAAGAACUAUGGGGCAUGACAAGCCGUGAUGCUAUCCUGCACUUCAUUCGGGAGUCCUGCCGACUGGAGGAUGUGCCUGUCACCUAUUACUGGCUGCAGAAGGACAAGAGAGAGGAAAAAGGCUCGGCUCUGCUUGGACUCACUCUGAGAGGAAUGCAGAUUUAUCAGGAGAUGAACAACGUGCGUGAGCUGCUUUAUGACUUCCCCUGGUCCAAUGUGGGCAGACUCACCUUUCUGGGGAAGAGGUUUGAGAUUCAGCCGGACGGUCUGCCGUCUGCGAGGAAACUGGUUUACUACACGUGCUCGGCCUUCCGCUCCCGCCACCUCCUCCUCCACCUGAGCACCAGCCAUCGCCUCUACCUCAACCUCCAGCCCGCGCUCAAACACCUACGUCAGCUGGAGGAAAGUGAAGAAAAGAAAAGGUACAGGGAGUCUUACAUCAGUGAUGAUCUGGACCUGGACCCCCCGUGCAGUGAAGGCAGCCCCCGCCUUUCGCGUCACUCCACCAGUAGCUCUGGCAUCGAGGUUGACACCCAACGGCACAGCGUAUCCGUGGACAUGGUCUCCAUGGAUGAGGAGACCCUGCGGCGGACGGAGAAAUCCUUCAGCUCGGCGGCCAGUCAAGACAGCUCUCGUACGUCCGGCAUUGACACCGUCAGCAAAGCUCGUACUGAGGAAGACGAGUGGCAGGGGGAAGAAGUCCAAACAUGCGUGGAUGGGCCUCUUGAAGUGUCUGUGGAUGAUCCUGAGGAGAUGAUUCGAUUGGCUGAGCUGAUUGAGGGCGUGUCUGUAGAUGGUCCCAUUCUCACAUCUGAGAUGCAUUCAAGAGGUGGGGUUUUAAAAUGGAGGACAGUUGAUCGACACAGUCAGAGCUUGGACGACGUGCGUCUGCUCCCGCCCUCUGUCGCCUUGGGAACGGCUGCCCCAUCUGACACCUCCCACAGCUACACCUUCGGACUUCCAGACCACCAGGGCACGAUGAAAGGCUGCAGAGACAUCAGCCCUCAAUACCCAGGCAAGCCCUCUUUCUAUGGCCGCCGCUCGAUGAACUGCCUGUCUCUGGAUCUGCUGGAGGACGAGCAGCUGAUGGAACUCAUCUUAUAA